UCUACAACCCUGGUUUCAACAAACUCACCUACAACUACAUCUCAGCUUACAACUACAGCCCCUCCUACAGAAACAACAACACAAUUUACAUCUGCGCCAGAACCAACAACCACAACUGUUUUAACAUCUACAGCUGAACCAACAACCACAACUGUUUUAACAUCUACAACAGAACAAUCAACUACAUCUGAACAAAGCACCACAACACAGACAGCAACAACAUCCCUACCUACAACAAAUACAGUUCAAUCUACAACCCUGGUUUCAACAAACUCACUUACAACUACACCUCAGCUUACAACUACAGCCCCUCCUACAGAAACAACAACACAACUUACAUCUACAGCUGAACCAACAACCAUAACCAAAGCUCAAUCAACAACAACCCCAGACACAACCCAGACAGUUUUUGUUAGUUUUUUCAGCAGUGUAAAUUUUGUCUCUGAUCUGUCAAAUCCAGCUUCAGAAGCAUAUAAAAACAGAGAAAAGAAAGUCAAAGAUACGUUGACACCACUCUUUACAAAAGCAUUUCCCUCCUUCAAAGGACUGGCAGUUAUUCGGUUCCGUCCGGGGUCAAUCAUCACUGAUAUGAAUGUGACAUUUGGAACCUUACCCAGUGAUGCGAAGAUCGAAAACACUAUUAUGGAAGCUAACGCCACUCUCAAUAUCACCAGUGUAACACUAAGGAAGCCCUUCACCACAACUACCAAAGCCACUACAACCAGUUCCACUACAACUACAACUACAACCACACCUACAACAACAGCAGCAGCAACAACAACAACAACAACCACAACAUCUACAGCCAAUCCUAAUACAACAGCAUCAACAGCAACCACAACAUCUACAGCCAAUCCUAAAACAACAGCAGCAAAAACAACAACAACAACCACAACAACCACAACAUCUACAGCCAAUCCUAAAACAACAGCAGCAAAAACAACAACAACAACCACAACAACCACAACAUCUACAGCCAAUCCUAAAACAACAGCAGCAAAAACAACAACAACAACCACAACAACCACAACAUCUACAGCCAAUCCUAAAACAACAGCAGCAAAAACAACAACAACAACAACAGCAACCACAACCACAACAAAAGCACCAGCACGUCCUCAGCCAACUGUUGAGAUACGGAUUGUCAUUAUAGUGGUGUUUGUUCCAGCACUGUCAAACCCUCAAACUCCAGAAUUUAAAAGCCUUGCCACAAAAGUAGAGACUAUGUUUGAUGAAGUCUAUAAAAAAAAGUUUGGGCCUCGUUUCAUCAGGACCAUCGUGAUUGCUUUCAUAGCCUUUUUCAGGACCCGGGAAGAAUCAAACGUACAGGCAGAGGUUAAGUUAGUGUUUAGCGAAGAGUCCACUGAACCGAUCCCCAGCAACACCGACAUUGUGGAGACUCUAAAAGAAGCAGCAGCUAAUUCAACUGCGGGCUUCAACCUUACCCUUGAUGCCACCUCUAUUACUGUCAUUAAAUCAGUGCAGAUAAUUCCGCUGACAAUCCUCACCAACGGAAACUUUGUGGCUGCUCUUUCAAAUAAAAGUUCGGCUGAAUUUCAGAACAGGGCUUCGCUGAUAAAAACAGGGCUUGAACCUUUUUUCCUGGCUGAUUACCCUACAUCAUUCAGCACCAUAUCCGUAACAAACUUUAGUGAUGCCGGUGUAAAAUUAAGGAGUGUGCCCAAGAUCCGAAACAGCAUGGAUAUUGUAUUCGGAGCGGAUGCUGUUCUACCCAAUAGCACCCAGAUAGUGAACACUGUAGUUCGAGCAGCCAGGAACAAUACGCUACCCUUCCAGAUCUUCACUUCUUCAAUUAUAAUAAAUGGAACAGAAUUUUCAUCAGGUGAAGUCAGCAGCAGGAUCAGUAUGUUGACUACUUCGUUCCUGGUUGCGGUGUCACUUCUGGUUCCAUGGUUUAUCUGACCUUAACCACUCAUACCAAGAUAACUGAUUCAGACGGGUCUGAAUCUUGCCUUUCACGUCUGAUCAAAUUAAGGACUCAACUUAAGAAUAAAUGUAGCUACUGAUGCUACUUAAUCAGUAGUAAUGAAAGUAAAAAAUUAAAUUAUUCUAUUCUGAGCACUUUAAACUAGAUCUAAGCUAUAGUGGAUUUAUAGUGGAUCUGUAUGUACCUGUAUCUGUAUGUAAACAAUCAGUAUUGUAUAAAGCACUAUAUAAAUAAAGGCAAAUAUAAAUGUAUAUAAA